GCUGCUCAGAGUCAGAAGACAAUGGAGGCCAAACUAUGGGCCCUGCAGUGCCACUUCACAUGGGACCUGGAGUCCAGCAGUUCCAAACUGUUCCGUCUCAGGGACACGCUGGAGGACAUCGGCACAGAGGAGGGAUACAGCUGGCUGGGUCACAUUUACAACCUGCAGGGGCACAUUCACUACCAGCUGGGCUUCACUGAAGACGCCCGGCGUUUCUUCAGUAGGGCUGCAGAGGCCUUUCGCCAGAUGAGAAACACUGUCUCAGAUGAAGGUCCCUGGUUGGUGGUGAACUAUGGGAACCUGGCUUGGCUGCACCACUACCUGGGAGAGCAAGCAGAGAGUCAGACAUACCUGUCAAAGGUAGAAGCCCUGCUGAACGAAUACCCAUCUCCAUCCCAGGACGAGCUCCAUCCGGAGAUCUACGCUGAAAAAGCCUGGACCCUGAUGAAGUUCGGCAGAGACAAAAAGCUGCUGGCUGCAGAUUACUUCCAGAGAGCCAUCAGGAUGCAGCCUGAUGUGGUAGAGUGGCACACCAGUCAUGUCAUAGCAUUGGUGAAUGUUUAUAAGGACUACAACAAACCACUGGAGGAAGACAUCUUGGAGAAAAUGAAAAUCGCCAAAGAACACGAUCCAGAGAGCUUGUACCUUGCUGCUUUAUACCUUGAAGAAUGUGCAAAGAAAGGAAGAAAAAUUGAAGAUGAAGCACGUGAGUUGGCCAAAAGGGUGUUGAGAAAUCCUGUAAGCAGCUACAGUGGUAUGACACCAUUACUAAGGCUGUACACAAUGUAUGUAUCUAUGGAUGAGGCUAUUGAUUUGGCAGAGGAAGCUCUGGAAAGACAUCCAGAUGAACGUCAUCUGAAGUGGUGUGCUGCAAUCUGCUACGAAUGGAUGAUUUUUUCGCACAAGGACAAUCCCCUGCAGAAAAGCAUGAUAGACAGAGCAGUCAGUCUCCAUAAAGAGGUGAUCUCUCUUUACCCUCAUUCUUCACUUAAAAUAAAAAUAUUUCUUGCAAACAUAUACACAAAAUCAAACCACAGCCAGGCUGAAGCUGAGCAGAUUUACCAGGAACAACUAGAAAGUGAUCUGGAACCUGCAGACAGACAGAUACUUUACAACUACUAUGCAAAAUAUUUACACUUCAUUCAAAAGGAGAGCUACAAGUCAAUAGAAUAUCACAUGAUGGCAGCAGCAAUACCACAACAAUCUCCCUAUCGUGAGAACAGUAUCAGAACUCUGGAGAGGAUUAGAGAAAGAAACAGAAACCGAAUGUGUGGAGAAGUAGAGGAAUUUCUAGCUAAUCUGCAAGACUAA